AUGUCGCGAAAAAGGAAGCGCGGCCACCGCGAAGAAGCAGAAAAGGCGAAGGAAACCGAUCGAAUGAGCCAUCUGUCCGAAGACAUUCUGCUUCACAUCCUUUCCUCACUCGACGACACGAAAACCGCUGUCCAAACCUGCAGCCUUCUCUCCAAAAGGUGGAGAUACAUGUGGAAAGACGUUCGUGCCCUCAACCUCGACCAGAACUCCUUCACUUCGCGCGAGCGUUACACAACAUUCGUACGCAACUUUCUCUCCUCCCGGUCCGACCGGGCACCCAUCGACAAGCUCAGCUUCACCUCCAACCCGAGCCAGAAUUGGCGAUCAUCAUCUGGUUUUGAUCACCGCUGGGUGGAUCACAUUCACAAGUCGCUCGAAAUGUUCAUGGACCACGCCGGUCGAACCGGUCCUGAUCAUUACCGCCCGCUAAGGGUUUUAGCCAACAUGGUCGCUUCCAUCGUUUGUCACAAGCAUCACGAAUCUCUCGAGCUGACCGGUUUCACCGACGUGAUUCAGGAAGGCGGUGGUGGCGGCUUCAGAACGCUGAAGGCUCUCUCGUUGGCUUGCUGCCGCGACGUCGACCUCGGCGUGGUUUCGCGCUGCCUACCGAAUCUGACCUCUUUGGUGCUGAGUCACGACGAGCUGAUUUUUCACGACGACGACGACGAUCCCUUCUCGAUCAUUCCUCGUUUGGAAUUCUUGAAGAUAAACCAAUGCCGUGCGUCGACUCGCUCGACCACGCUGCCGUCGUUCUCGUUCAAGGUGUCGGGGCCCCAGCUGCUGGAACUGGAGAUUCGUUGUUGGGAUGAGGAGAAGCCGGUUUUCGGCGGAGUGUUGGCUCCAAAGCUCGAGUCUCUCUGCUUCGGUGCUCGCGUGAGUUGGUUGAAACCACGCGAGUUGAGCCUUCCUUCGCUCGACCACGCCAGUGUUUACCUCCAGUACUGCCCAACAACGCACGGCGACUUGGGAUAUUGGAGGCAUGAGGUCUUGGAAUUGCUUCGCGGUCUGCGUAACGCGGAGUCUCUCGACUUGUGUUUGGAAGACACGUCUGUGUACCUGCCACAUGAUUCUCCCUUGAAUGAAUGGAAGCAAAGGAUCCGGGAUGAAGUCUCUCAAUUCACCAGAUUAAAGACCUCGAGCAUUCGAUACCCACAUGAAUCAGCUGACCCCACCAGCACGAAGGGAGAAUGA